UGAAUACUCUGUCUUGCAACUCUGUAAGCGGUUGACGUGUAAAUGAAAAGUGUCAAAUAUCAGGCUGCCGAUAGAAAAUAAUCAAAUUGCAAUGGAAGGUUUUAUGAUGGAGCCCACAUUGAACAUCAUCAAAGGCAUGUGCAUCAUGGACAAUGAUGGCAAUCGCAUAUUGGCCAAGUACUACGACAAGAAUGUCUUGCCCACAGUGAAAGAACAGAAGGCGUUUGAAAAGAUACUAUUCAACAAAACUCAUCGCUCCAAUACAGAAAUCAUCAUGUUGGAUGGUCUUACUUGCGUGUACAAAAGUAAUGUGGACUUAUUUUUUUACGUGAUUGGCAGUGCCCAGGAAAACGAGUUGAUACUGCUGUCCGUAUUGAAUUGCCUAUAUGAUUCGAUUAGUUUUAUAUUGAAGAAGAAUGUUGAGAAGCGUUUAGUUUUGGAUAAUUUAGAGAUUAUCAUGUUGGCUUUCGAUGAAAUCUGUGAUGGCGGUGUUAUCCUGGAUGCUGAUGCGUCGUCGGUGGUGAAACGUGUCGAUUUGCGCAACGAUGACAUUCCAAUUGCCGAACAGACCGUCGCGCAGGUGUUGCAGUCCGCGCGAGAGCAAUUCAAAUGGUCUAUACUUAAGUGAAAAGUGUUUUAUUUCUAUCUGGUUGAACGGAUGUGGCGAAAACCCGAGUUUUUUUUUGUAACUUUACACGAUUAUAUAAGUUGACUUUUCCAAAAAGCGCAAUACAUUCGAUUUUGAUUGUAAUCAUAAUAUAAUUAAACACCAUACAUAUAUAAAAUGAA